UCAUAUAUAUAUAGCCCAUUCAUAAACUCGUCGACAGCAUUCUAUUUACCAGUUUAACCAAAUAUAUUAAACAUAAGCACACAGAACCAUCAGCAAUCAAUUUUUGUUUUUGGCACAUAACCGGAACUCUUCCUUUCGGCGCCUGAGCCAGCACGGAAUGUUUUUGCUGUCGCACCAGAUAGCUGUUAAGCCGACAAGUGCCUCCUUCCCUACCUUACAGUAAGGUUUGCAGGAUGGCCCAGACAGACAGCAAGGUACUGGUUUUGGGAGCGUUGGCUGGAGUGGCUGGUGUCAGCUUGGCUGUGGUGUGUUACCAAAGUUUUAGGUCUCGGCGAAGGGGCUCGUGCCCAGGAUUCCAAUUUCACCGCACUAAUGAGCAAGGGUAUGGUCUCACGCUGGUGGAUGGUCCUGGUCUGCCCAGCGGUCAGGCCGAAGUGCUGGAUCGCCUUGAAGCCCUGAUUCGGUGUGUGUCGGAGCUGAAGGAUGAAAUGAAGGCGUUGAAGAACGCUCUGCCAUCGCUGCAAGACCAGGUCAGAGAGGAGUUCAGGGGACGUGAAGAGGCGCGGCGAACUGGCUCUCUGCACAGGACUACGCCAACACGAAGGAAAAGAACUGCAGCCACUGUCGCUGAGGCCAGAGCUACAGGCCGGAGCUCAGAGGAAGCAGAGAGUGAAGGAGGGUACAUGACCGCGCUGACAGACUCAGAGGAGGAUGAGCUAAGUGAUGCAGAAGAGAGGGAUCAAGAGCAUCCUGUGGACAAGUUGUCUCUCCUCAUUGAGCAGAUUGACCGUUUGCAUCAGGGCUGUGAGUCUGACAAACGGGAAAGUCUUAAUAUCCUUUUGGAACAAAGAGAAGAGUUUGGACAAAAUUCGACAUUUCUUUGGCGGCUAACCCGAGCUUACUGUGACGUCCAUGACAUCAGCUUGACUCUGGAGGAGAAGAAGACCUACGCAGAGACUGGGAAGAAAGUUGGCGAGGAAGCAGUGAGCUUAAAUCCUACAUGUGCUGAAAGUCAUCAGUG